GAGGAGACUUAUGAAGUAGUGCUCUACCUUCCUGCCAAUGAAAUUCUCAACAUUCGUCACCCCCGUUUAUACUUUCUUCUUGCUCACAGUGUUAAUGACACUGAAAAAGAUGCCCUGGUUGAAGAAUGGCAGCCUGAACCAUUGGCUCCUGAUGUGCCAGAUGAUCACCCAAUUCUCCUGUCAAUGGAAAAGUAUUGUAUAGAAGGACAAAAUGGAAAAUAUAUAAAGGUGAAUGGGAGGUCCUGCAUCAACUUGUCAUCUUUCAAUUUUCUGUGCAUGGUUGGAAAGAAGGAGAUUGAGGAAGAAGCUAUCAAAGCAUUAAGAGUAUAUGGUGUUGGGUCUUGCGGACCAAGGGGUUUUUAUGGAACAAUGGACGUGCACUUGAAGCUAGAAGAAGAGCUGGCAAAGUUCAUGCAUUGCGAGGAAGCUAUUUUGUAUUCUUAUGGAUUUGCAACCAUUGCAAGUGCAAUUCCAGCAUAUUCUAAGAGAGGGGAUAUCAUUUUUGCAGAUGAGAAUGUGUGCUUCGCUGUUCAGAAAGGGUUGGUGGCAUCAAGAAGCCAUAUCAAAUGGUUUAGACAUAAUGAUAUGGACCACUUGGAAUCAUUGCUGAUUGAGCAGAGCAAAGCUGAUGAAAAGAAUCCAAAGAAAGCCAAAGUCACAAGACGUUUCAUUGUGGUGGAAGGGCUGUACGUCAAUACUGGCUCCAUCUGCCCUCUGCCUAAGUUGGUGGAACUAAAGUGGAAGUACAAAGUUCGUAUUUUCCUUGAGGAGACCAUGUCGUUUGGAGUGUUGGGAGCCACUGGCAGGGGUGUCACAGAACAUUUUGGUAUCUCACCUGACCAGAUUGACCUAAUAUCUGCUUCCCUGGAGAAUGCUAUAGCUUCUGUGGGGGGAUUCUGUACGGGAAAGAAGUUUAUCAUUGAUCAUCAGAGACUUUCAGGGCUGGGGUACUGCUUCUCUGCCUCACAGCCACCAAUGCUGGCGUCAGCAGCAAUCCAGGCCCUGCAUUUACUUCAGCAAAAACCCUGUCUGCUGGUGGAUUUACGGGAAAACUGUGAGAAACUUCAUGAGAAGCUGGAAAAUAUUUCAGGUGUUCGUGUCUUGGGUGACCGUAUCUCUCCAAUCAAACACAUACAACUGACAGAGCCAUCAGAUGACCGGGACUUGGAUGUGCGAACAUUAGAAAUGGUUGUUGAUUGUGCCAUGAAUGAUGGUGUUGCCUUAAUCAUUGCACGUUAUCUGGAUACAGAGGAACAUAACCUGAUGCCUCCCAGCCUUCGGUUGACUGUCAACUGUGAACUGACAGACUCAGAGAUCAGCAGGGUUGUAGCAGUGAUUUCAGAUUCCUUUCAGCAGGUGCAGGAGAAACUGACAACCAGGUCUUCUGACUUGACCAGCCCCUUGGAUGCAGUGGAGCAGCGAGAUGUGGGACAGAGAGCAUCUAGAUAA